CGCUGCCUCCCCAUUCGCCGAGGCUCCAGACACCAGAACCGCGUGGCUGAGUCCCAGGAAGGGGGGCGUGGAAUCCGCUUCACCAGGCGCUGAGAUGCAGCCACCUCUGGGGCGGGGCAACCAGUUACCCAGGGACCCCUCGCCCGGCGCUGAAAUGCAGCCACCUCUGGGGUGGGAUGGCUGGUUACACAGGGACCCCUCGCCCGGCGCUGAGAUGCAGCCACCUUUGGGACCGGAGGAGCUGGAGGGGGGUGUUUGGCAGCCUGCUGGCCUCCCCUCUCCCCCGCUGUUAGCCCUUUAAAUCUUCCCCCCUCCGGGAUCCUCCCCCCCUUCUCGGCACAGCUAUCAAUCACCCUGCAGCAGCCGCAUGGCACCGGCUGUUUGCCCAGGAGCGGUACAGCCAGACCAGGCGGGAGUCUCUUCUCGCCUCCUCAGGGAACCGGGCGGGGUCACUGGUGCGUGACAGGGAAAGGGGUCGGGGGAGCUUGGCCAAAUUCCAGCCCCCUUGUUUUCCGUUUGUCCCUUCCCGUUUAAACCCGCCUUUGCCCUGCUGAAAUCCGCUGCGUUUACACCACCCCUGCUGCAGUCCUGCAGAUCCCUUGCAUGGGUCCCCCCCAUUUUUUUUCUCUGUCGAGUCGGAGGAGCGUUUGCAAGCCAGGUCCUGCUGUUUGCACCUUGGAAAGGAGGUGACAACCCCCAGGUCUAUGGGCUUUAGGCACUUGUUUGGGUGGGGACAGCUGUGGCUCGCUCUUUCCUUUGCUGCAAGUCCCCAAAGAAACUCCCCCUCCGUGCGUUCACACGGUCCCUUCUUGCAACAUCCAGAUCUGGCCCCUGCCACAGAGCCAGACAGAGCCCCUUUGCUCCCUUCCCAGGGCUUUUUUCAGAGCAUGAAAACCUGGUUCCGUUUUUUGUGAGGGUUUUUUGGACCAGGAACAGCCGGGUGAUAUAGGAAGAGUUCCUGCCGGGCUGCGACUGGUUUGGGGAAGGAACCGGCACCGUUGCGCUGCCCUCGCAUUUGGCAACGUAGCAGAAAGACUCUGACCCAAACUUCUGCAGGAGAUUCCAGACUGGGACAGAGAGAGAUUUUUUUCAGCUGCAAAAAAGCAACGUAGCACCAAGUUUUGGGGCUUUUUCUUUCUUUCUUUUUUCUUUUUUUUUUCUCUUCGCUGGUAUCCAGUUUUACACCAGAAGGGACAAGAAAACCGCAUGGAAAAAAAAGGGGGAUGAUUUAUUUUUCUUCAUGUGACUUCUAUUAAAAUCAAACCUGGGGCCAAUUGCAAAAGAAGAAAUUCAGACAUUCUAAUCCCAGUGCAAUCAAGGCUGCAGCUAGGGCCUACAAGGGUGCAACGCUGUUUUUGCAGCCACUUGAGAUCGCAAAGUCUGUUUCUUUGAAAGAGUUUUGCAAAACACCCCAUCUGCUCCAGAGUGCGUAUGCCUGCAGAACACGAGAGGAAGCAGUGGAGAGUUUGCGACUGUGCAUCCCUUGAUGUUCACGGGCCACCGGCAGGCCUGUAUCCAGCUGCAUCUUCUUGCAGAGGAGUGUGGGGUGAAGGCACCAAACCUCUGGCUCCCAGCGCUGUCGGUCCUGACAGAAAGGAAUCAACUCUGGGGAAGGAGAUGAGCCAGGUGCAAAGAAGUGCAGAGGGUGCAUGAUAUUUGUGGCACCCCAAAAGAGGCAGUUUCUGUGGCAGUUGCAAAAAUGGGGUGCAUGCCUUGAAAUCCCUCCAAAAGAGGAGUUGCAGAGCACUGGUAGCAGCAAAACCCAAGCAUCCCCAAACCUCUGGCCCCCAAAGCAGGCAGGUCGUGUUGUCGUCAUACACAGGGUAGGAGGCAUGCCUUAAUUCUCUGCCUCCUGCAGCUUGGCACACCAUGGAGGAGCUGGAAUCAGAGGGUGACCUGCCCACUGCUGACGUGUAUCUGUGCGGGCACCUGCGGAAGCAGAAGUCGCUCCGGCGCCGGUUCUUCGUAUUACGGGCACCCAGUGAGCAUGGCCCAGCCCGCCUGGAGUACUAUGAGAGUGAGAAGAAAUUUCGGGCUGGAAGUGCCCGCCCCAAGCGUAGCUUCCUCCUGGCCAGUGCCCUCAACAUCAACAAGCGUGCAGACGCCCGACAUCGCCACCUGAUUGUGCUCUAUGGUCGUGAUGGCACCUUUGGGCUGGUGGCUGAGAGCUCUGAGCAGCAGGAGGCUUGGUACCAUGCCAUGGUGGAGCUGCGCGCCAAGGGCCCGUCGCAACCAGGGAGCGGGACGCCGUUCCGGGAGGUAUGGCAGGUGAGCCUGCGGCCCAAAGGGCUAGGACAGGCCCGGAACCUGGUGGGUGUGUAUCGACUAUGCCUGGCCACUAACACGGUGGAGCUGGUACGGCUGAAUGCAGCCACAGCCUGCCUGGUGCUACAGCUGCUUAGUGUGCGGCGCUGCGGUCACUCGGAGAACUACUUCUUCCUGGAGGUGGGGCGCUCGGCUGCCACUGGCCCCGGCGAGCUGUGGAUGCAGGUGGAGGACCUGGUGGUGGCCCAGCAUAUCCAUGAGACCUUCCUGGAAGCCAUGAAGGCUCUGAGUGAGGAGGGCCGGCUCCGGGGCCGUGGCCAGACCUCCGCCCCCACCACCCAUUCAAAUGCCGCCUAGCCAGGCAGGCUCUGGGCGCCAUUCCGGGGCCAGCAAAGCUGAGGUGCCACCCAGCGAUGAUACCCUGGCCUCCUCGGACGAGGGUGGGUCGUCAAGCCCUGGGGAGGCACACCCAGCUGACAGCCCUGAGGAGCGAACCCUGGCCUCGCUGCUUCCCAUGGCGCUGAGCAAGGGUGGUGCCCAGAGGAAGCCAGCGUCCUACCCAGAGGGGCUGAACCGGGGCGCGGAUCCUGGCUACAUGGCCAUGCUGCCCAGGGUGGCGCCCGGCCCAGGGGAGCCAGACUAUGUGCCCAUGAGUCCCGGCAGCGCCUCUCCGCCCCAGGGCGAUGCUGGUGGCUACAUGGUGAUGUCCCCCAGUGAGACCUGGGUCCCUGAAUACAUGAACAUGUCCCCACUGUGUCACUCGGCUGGCAGCACCCCCCUACGCCACAGCCCCCUGCCAGGCACCCCUGGAGAUGCCCUCUGCCCCUUCCACUCCCUUCCACGCUCCUUCAAGCACGGUACCCAGCUGGCCGGACCCGGCUGCCUCUCCUCUUCCUCCACCAGCAGUGAGAGCUUGGAGGAAAUUGCCUCCCGGGGACACUGGCCCCCCAGCUCCUUCCAGAGCCACGCUCCGGUCGUGCCUGCCGCACCCAGGAGCCCCGGGGAGUAUGUCAGCAUCAAGUACCAGCCCAGCCCAGAGAUGGCCAAGAUGAGGAUGGAUCCCAGUAGCCGCCAGCGCUGCUGCGUGGAGACCUCGGGGGGGCGGAGCACCUGGCCCGGUGUCCCCACCGCCUGGGAAGAGGCAUCCAGCCCAGAGCCAGGACUCAAUUAUAUCGACCUGGACCUGGCGAAGGAGGAAGUUGGCCCGGAUGGGACCCCCCGGGUGGCUGGCAGCACCAGCCCCCAUGCCUAUGCCCGCAUCGACUUCCACCGCUCCCAGGGGUUGCGGGGGUGCCAGGGUGGACAGGAUGGGCCAGACUGCUGACCCCUUCGCUUUGAGAGUCCCCUGGCUCGGGAUGGCCUCCCAAAUCUGCAUGUCUGCACCCCAGAGCUGGUCACAUCGGGGAGCCUCCUGCCAGAUAUCUUGUGAAUGAUGCAUGUUGGUUUCCUCUUGAUGAGCUGUGAACCCCACUAAGUGCCUUUGUUUUCAGGGUGCAGCUCCAUGGGGGGGCGAGAACUGGCCAAAGACAGACUCAGACUCAUGUUUUGGGGGUUGGUGCCCCAGUCGCUGAACCAAAGCCAAUUCCUUACUCAUUUUCAGGGGGGCAUCUCCUUGGCUUUCCACCCCUUGGGGCAGACUUCAGGAGGCCUUCUGGGGCGGAAUGUCCUUAUUUUGGGGGAUUUGUCUCCUUUCUGUUUUGAGAUCACCUCUUUGCAUCCCUCCUGUGUUGCCCCAUCAAUAUUUUGGUGCCUUCCUGUCCACCCCCAGCCUGCCUGUGUUUUGGGGUAUUCUUGACUGCCCCCAAAGUCUCUGCCCCUGUGCCCACUGGCUACGUCUACACUGGCCCCUUUUCCAAAAGGGGCAUGCUAAUUUUCCAGGUCGUAAUAGGGAAAUCCGCGGGGGAUUUAAAUAUCCCCCGCGGCAUUUAAAUAAAAA